AAAUGUUAUCAAAAUAUUCACUUACUAUGCUUCUAUUCAUUUUACUCUCUCUCUCCAGAGACCUUCAGAUAGAAAAUGCAGUUCAAAGAUAUUUCAUAAAGGAAGAAAAGAAGUAUGAAGACAGGAUAGCAAAUACAGAAAGAAUUCUUGUGAUAAUAGAGAACACAGAACUGUUGAACGGUGUUGAAGCUGAGCUGGAGAGAGUCACCAAAGCUGGCACGGAAGCUGGCAAGGUCGGAGAGUUUCCUGCCUGGGCACAGCUUGAGCUCGCCCCUGCGCCACCGCCAGUGGCAGAAACUGCAGACCACCUGGGCCCUGAGGCCUCCGCCGCAUCCUCCCACCAGCCAGGAGCUGUGCAGAGGUCGCAGAUAGGCGACCCUGGAGGGGUGCAACUGAGGGAAGGCGGCCCAUGUUCCGGACAGCAGCAGGACACCAGGAUCCAGGGACCCACCUCCCGCCGCGGGAACCCCAAACCUUGCCUGACGCCCCUUGCUUGCUCCGCCUGGCCUCCAGAGGCCGGUGUGUGUCCUGGUCAUGAGGAUGCACAGCAGGUGCCCGGGAGUCCCCCUCCGCCAUGGCCUACCACUCUGCCAGCCAUCACGCCUGGUUCGCGGACCGCAGCGCAGCCUGGCUGCCUCUGAUCCCGCCAGGCCGGGACCUGUCCUCCUCCUGGGCGACUAGCCGGGGGAAUGCACACUGCCCGGUGGCCUGCACAGCCCCUGACCGCCCAUCCCCUCUGGCGCCUCCACCCCAGGCCAGGACCUUCCUGUAGCACAGAACCCACCUUCCUUCCCGCCGCAGAGCUGCUCCACUUCCGCCACCCACAGGGAAAACCUCAGAUCUCCAACCACACAGAAAUCCGCGUGUGACUCCUCUGGUUGGAUACUGCCAGUCCCCACAUUUACUUCCAGGAGUUUUCUUGGCAGAAGGUGUCCGGCAUUUGAUGUUUCACCAGCGAUGAGGCUGAAAAGUGACAGCAAUAGAGAAACACAUCAGGCUUUCCGCAACAAAGAUGACCUUCCCUUCUUCAAAACCCAGCAAUCUCCAAGUUCCACAAAGGACUCAGGACAAGAUGACUGAGCUGGAGUACUCGGCCCAGGAAAUGCAGGCCCAGAGCGGGUCUCCUUAGGGCAGGCCCAGCCUUCUCCUGGCUGCCUGGGUGCCUUUCUCCUCACUCCCACCCAAUGCAGGGGACCCCACAAACUCGGCUCUCGGGGCUCCCUGCACCUCCCUCCACAGGAACCACCUCCUGCCCGCCAAGCUGGGGCCUUCUGGGGCGUCCUGGGCUGAGAGGGCAGGGUGCCAGCUCCGCACGCUGGAGAAGGAACACCGCUACACUGUCACACUGACACACCGCCACACGAAGACACUACCACACGGGCACACCACCACAUGGCCACAUGGACAGACACACAGACACAUGGAGAUAUCACCAUACGGACACACAGACACACCACCACACUGUCACAUGUACAGACACACGGAGACAUUACGACACGGACACACUGCCACACUGUCACAUGGACGGACAGACAGACAUACGGAGAAGUCACCACACAGGCACAGCACCAGACUGUCACACGGACACAGACACACGGAGACAUCACCAUAAGGACACACGACCACAUACCACAGGGACACACAGACACACAGAGACAUUACCACACUGUCACAGGGACACACCAUCACUCUCACACGAACACACAGACACACUGCCACAUGGACACUGCCACACACACAGACACACCGCCACACUGUGACAUGGACACACCUCCACACUGUCAGAUACCACCAUACAGACACUGCCACGUGGACACAAGGACACACAGACACAUUGUCACACGGAUACACAAACCUGGGAAGCCACAUCUGAAGGAACUGCCAGGUGAAUAGGGCCAUAAGUCAAUCAAAGUAGACUUUCCCUGGCUUGCAUACAAGUCAUUUAAACUGUGGUGAGAUGAUACCUCAUUGUAGUUUUAAUUUGCAUUUCUCUGAUGAUCAGUGAUACUGAGCACCGUUUCUUAUACCUGUUUGCCAUUUGUAGGUCUCUUUUUGAGAAAUAUCUAUUCAAAUCUUUUAUGCCCUUUUUUAAACCAGGUUAUUAGAUUGUUUCCUAAAGAGUUGUUCGAGCUUUUUAUAUAUUCUGAUUAUUAAUCCCUUGUCGGAAGAGUAGUUUGUA